GAAUUCAUUCGUUGCUUCCUUCAGCUACGAUAAAAUAUCCAAGCAAGGUGGUAGUAGAAGCACGUAACGUUACCUAAGUGCAUUACUAUAUCGGUGAAAAACAAAAAUGGCCCUUGAAUCGCGUAUCACACAGGAAGAAAUCAAGAAGGAACCAGAGAAGCCCAUUGACCGAGAAAAGACCUGCCCCCUUCUGCUGCGAGUAUUCACCACCAACAGCGGCCGACACCACAGAGCAGAUGAAUUUGCCCGGGGCAAUGUUCCCUCCAGCGAACUGCAGAUAUACACAUGGAUGGAUGCUACUCUGAAGGAGCUGACCAGCCUGGUGAAGGAAGUGUAUCCAGAGGCCAGAAAAAAGGGGACCCACUUCAGCUUUGCUAUCGUCUAUCCAGACCCCAGAGGGAAAGUGUACAGAUUGAAAGAUAUCGGCAACACUAUAUCCGGCAGGAAGGGUGCAGAUGACUCAAUGACGUUGCAGUCUCAGCGCUUCCAGAUUGGAGACUAUCUGGACAUAGCUAUCACACCACCCAACAGAGCCCCGCCCCUUAACCCACGCAUGAGACCUUUCUGAACACAAACACUGAUACAUAAACCAACACACAUUAACAUACAUUUUGCUUUGUUUAUUUUUUUGCAUUUCAUCAUCUUGGGUGGUU